CUGAGAAUUCAAGACAAAGAAUUUUUGGAUGACAUGGCAGUGGCAUCAAAUGGACAUAGUUUACAACUUAACACACAAGUUGGAGGAUUGCUGAUGUUCGAGAUACCUGAAGUGCCUACCCUGAACAACAACAUCCAAAAAUUUGUCCAAGGGAACAUUACCUGUAACGCUGAAGCCAUUAGCAAAGAAUGUGCCACAAAAAAUAUGACCCAGCAAGAUAAAGACAUCAACCAAGAGUGUAAACAACAACAUCACAGAAUUUAUUUUGUAAACGGAGUCAAGAAUUAUGAAAACAUCACACAGCAAAGGAAAUCACCAGCAAAAACAGCCAGUUCUUUAACAGCUGCUUUUUCAGUAUGGGAUAAUCAUAAAAGUGUUAUAGAUUCAAGCACUCAGCACAGAAAAGCAGUUUAUGACAUCUGGCACAAGUCUGAAAAUUCUAACAAAGAAUUCAGCAAUUUCCAUCAGGCUUUGCUAAAUGCAAAAAACAUUAAUCAGUCCUACAUAAACAACGUAAAAGUAACAGAUAUGGCAACAAAAAUUUAG